AUGCUCUUUAGACUUAUACUUGGUAUAAGUAUAACGUCAUUGUUAUUGACUAUUCUACUCAUUUUUGGGGACUCGCCGAGUUUUAGAAACACCCCUGUACAACAUGCAAGAGUCCAGUUGUUCACUGUAUUUGGGAAAUUGAGCAAUUUCUACAACUAUAUUGAUAAAAGAACAGACGGCAAAUUCAUUCAAUAUUUUGGAUGGUUGGUACCCAUUGGAUAUGUAAUUGUGCUAACUAUAUGUUUCCAACAGUUUUGGGUCAAGACAAAGCCAAUGAUUGAUAUUGGUCAGAUAAAUAUGAGUUACAUUCUACUAUCAAUGGCCUUGACCUACGGAUCUACUAUACUUUGUGCAUUGAGCGAUCCAGGUACAGUCACUAUCAAAUCAAUAAAGUCGUAUCCCUAUCUUCCGAACCAAUUGAUAUUUUUCAGAGACAACAAGUGCAACACUUGUCAAGUUCUGAAACCAGCAAGGUCAAAACAUUGUUCAGUUUGUGGUCAUUGUUACUUGUUGUACGACCAUCAUUGUGUAUGGGUAAAUAAUUGCAUUGGAUGGAAAAACUAUAAAUGGUUUUUCCUUUUCCUAGUUGCCAAUAUCAACAUGCUUGUGUAUGGAGGUAUUCUAUGUUACCAGGCGUUAUCAUCUCAUUUGACACAGUUGACACAGUUGUGGAGGGUGAUUACAAAAACAACUGAUGCUAAUAAAGUUACAGGGAUUUUUCUCAUUCUCUGUUCAAUCUUUAGUCCAGUUGUUGUACUAUUUACUGGUUUACACUUGCGGUAUAUCUAUUUGGGGGUUACUACUAAUGAAUUGGACAAAUGGGGCGAAGUCGAGUAUCUUGUGGACUUGGGACUGUUGUACAAAGUAUCUCCUAGCAUCGGGAAUGAGACUUUUGUUGAGAAAGCUAGGGACUCAACUGGGGCUAUUGUAUAUAUAAGUUUGAAGGAUGAGAGGAUUUUGAUCCUGGAAGCCACUGUCUCGGGUUAUACGCUUACACCAGUAAAUUCUGUCGUUGAUGAUUUGGUUAACGACUAUGAUCGUGGAUUUUGGAAUAAUUUUAAGGAUAGAGUGCUAAUCUAA